AUGUCCUCGGCAGCAACUGCCGCUGCUGCUUUGGACGAGCCUGUCCCAAUCUGCGUCAACGGGGACAACAGUGACACCGACGACGACGACGACAACACCAGCAGUGCUUCGCGGCCACGAUACAACCUGCGGUCCAGGCGGCGGUCUGCUGCCCAGCUCGCCAUCGCAGCGACACCGGCACUCACGCACGACGACGACGACGACGACAGUGCACCGGUAUUCUCUGCUCAACAACAGCAGCAGCGACGGAAACAGCAGCGCCAUUCUAGCGUCGACCAUUAUACGAGCCAGUCUGGAGAGCUGUCGUCGGGAGUUGCGGCUGAUCUUCUCGUUGUUCCUUCUGGGGGAGCCUCGUCGUACUGGGAUGUGACAGCCAUGGCCCCGCUCAGUCCCGUCUCGGCGGCCGCCAUCGCGCGCCUCCGCGCCUACAGGCCGCCUCCGUUCCCCACGUGGGACCGUCUCCCCGUGAGCCGCCGCGCCGCCGUGCUCGUCCUGCUCUACGCCGACCGCAGGGGCGACCUCAGGGUCGUCAUCACCAUGCGGGCUGCGAGCCUGCGGAGUUCUCUGGAAACUGGAUACCAAAUAGCACGCCGCGAGGCAUGGGAGGAGAUUGGCUUGCCUCUAGACGAGGCCAAGCUCCCCAAGCCAUUCCGGAUAGAAGCCCUGUGCGACUUGCCCUGCAGCUUGGCUCGCACCGAGAUCGCCGUCCGCCCCUGCGUCGCCUUCCUGCACGCCGACGACAUCCCUCCCGAUGCCCAACUCACAGGCAACAACAACACUUCAUCCCAGCAACAGCAGAGCACCAACCUCGUCGAAGAAGCCAUGAUGCCGCGCCUCGACGCCAAGGAAGUCGCCGCCGUCUUCUCGGCGCCGCUGCACAACUUCCUCCUCGCGCAGGACCGCGACCCGCUCGCCGGCGAGAAGCCCUUGCCGAGCGGGCACUGGUACGACGGCCGCUGGACCCGCUGGCACGGCAAGCCGUGGCGCGUGCACAACUUCCACGUCCCCGUCAACGACCAGCGCGUGGUGCGCCCCAAGGUGCGUGAGUCGGGCCAGGCCGCGCUCGCGGACCGCCUGGAUGAUUACAAUGGCAGCGGCAGCGGCGGCGGCGAGGACAGCACCGAGGAGCUGCUCGACGACCAGAGGUUCCUGGUCUGGGGCAUGACCGGCCGGAUCAUUGUCGACGUCGCGCGCGUGGCGUACGGCGUCGAGCCCCAGUUUGAGCACAAUGAGCAUUACGGCGACGAGGAAAUCAUCAGCAGGCUCGAGGCUGCAGGGCUGCUGGGCGAGAAGAAGAGGAACGAGGUCGGGCAGGAGGCGAUCAAGGAGGUUGUCAAGGAUGAGAAGAUGUGA